CCAGAUCCCGGUUACUUACUCCGUGCCCCGUGGCUCCGGUAGUCACUAGUGCGGUACAUCCCCGAUCCUGUGGCCUGCAGGACAUCGUGUUAUUCUAUGCUUUUUGUCUAUUAUUUAUUAGCCAAUAUUACAGCUGAGAAUGGACAAAAACGUCGCAUCGGCGGUUCAUAAGAACGCCAACGGUGCCAACAAUUGGUUAAAGUUUACAAACGCUUCACCGCCGCCCACUAGUAAUUUAAACAACAAUGCCGUCGUGCAGAAGGAAAAAAAAGAUAUUGAAGUUGUAGCGAUCGACUGCGAAAUGGUCGGCAUACAUCCUGAUGGACAGGGAAACAUGUUGGCUCGUGUUUCAAUUGUUAACUCUAAAGGUGAAACUAUUUAUGACAAGUUUGUGAAGCCCACAGCGCCAGUGACGGAUUAUCGUACGCCGGUGAGUGGCAUUCGACCUGAAGAUAUUGCACACGGGGAGGUAUUUACCAAAGUUAAAAAAGAAGUCACACAAAUACUCAAAAACAAAUUAUUGGUAGGACAUGCAUUAGAACAUGAUUUGAGGGUAUUGAGGAUUUCACACCCCAAACAUAUGAUUAGAGACACCUCAACUUAUUGGCAAUUCAAACAAUUGACAGAGGGUCGAACCCCAGGUCUGAAACGAUUGACAUUACAUUUUCUUGGAGCUAGCAUACAGGAAGGAGAACACAGUUCCGUUCAAGACGCCAAGGCAGCACUACAGUUAUACAUGCUAGCUCGUAAAGAUUGGGAAUUACUUUUAAAAAAGAGAAGAAGCCGCCCCAGAAAUGGGAAUAAACCACAUAAUGGAUCACAUGGAAAACAUAAAUAAUAGUUUUUUUACAUUAAAAUCUUUGUAAUUAAAGUUUUAUUUUGAAUUAUGAUAAGACUGUUUUUGAGAUUAUUUUACUUGUAAAAAAUUUAAAUUGUUGUUUUAUACAUUUUGUUGGUUAAGUAUGUAAUACUUUGAACUUAUUUCUCCUAAAAUAUAAUGUUAUUUCAAUAGAAACCCAUUAAUAGUAUUAUUUUAAUCUUGAUAUCUCUAAUACAUAAGAGAAUCUGGAUUAUAUCAGUUGUUAUGUGAGAAUAUUGUUCUUAUAUUGUAUUUAGGCAAAUCACUAAAAGGGUAAUUUUGUUAUUCCAAAUAAAAAACACAAAAAAUGUAAAAA